CCAGCCGCGCGCUAUUACAACAGUGUCUUUGUGAAUUUUUCCCGCCGUAUUUUUAUCUUCAAAAAAAGAUGCAGGCGUGGGUAAUGGUGGCGUGCGCAACAGCGCUAGCGGCGUUAGCCUCUGCGCAAAAACCUGGAAGAUUCCUAUCCCUGCCGGUGCCGUCGAAAUGCGCCAAUAGGCCUAAGGAAUUCUUCUACCGUGGUCACAAUUACUUCUACAGCGGACACGUUCCCGAGCUCGCUAACAGGAAAGUAGACUGGUUAGACGGACGCAACAUCUGCCGCGAGUAUUGCAUGGACCUUGUUUCAAUGGAAACUCAAGAAGAAAAUAAUCUAAUUUUCAAACUCAUUCAGCAAAACGAUGUUCCGUAUAUAUGGACCUCUGGCCGUCUUUGCGACUUCAAGGGAUGUGAAUCGCGUAAAGAUCUCGAGCCUAAGAACGUCUUUGGAUGGUUCUGGUCUGCGAACCGCGAAAAGAUGUCGCCUACCAACCAGAUUCCCAAUGGUUGGGGCUACAACCCAUGGUCACAAACCGGACACAAGAAGCAACGUCAGCCUGACAACGCUGAGUUCGACAUCAACGGAACCUCAGAAUCCUGUCUCAGCGUCCUUAACAACGUGUACAACGACGGUAUCGCGUGGCACGAUGUCGCUUGCUAUCACGAGAAACCUGUGGUCUGCGAGGACUCAGAGGAACUCCUUAAUUACGUAGCGAGCACCAACCCUAAACUCCGUCUGUGAUUUCUAACACAUCAUACAAGCUUAUUUCAAAUUCACUUCAAUUAAUAUAAUUGUGUAAUUUAACGCGCGAUUUACUUAGAGGUCCGUUUAUACUCAUGUGUAACAAAUGCACAAGUGAAAGAAGCUGUAGUUCUACCACAGAUAACAGACUAACGUCAAUAAUAUGAACAGCACCAUAUUUUCUAUUUUAAGAAGCACAUCUCUCAUUUUUUAUUAGGACUUGCCAUAUUCUAAACGUGUAACGAUCUCUUCGACACACACUGCCCUUCCGUCGUACAAAAUUAUUGUACAGAAUAGCAUAAGUCUAUAUAAGUUUAACUAAGUUUAUUUUAUCUAAGGGAAGAAUUUCUAUUUGUAU